AUGCCUCCGCGACACGCGAGGAGGAGCGGCCGCGCCGGGCGAGCCCACCGGGGCUUCAGCAGCAGGGAGCGGCGCGGGGCCGGCGUGGGGUGCCAGAUCCGAGCAGGAAGCGGCCCCCGGUGCCCCCCGCCUCCCCGCCCCCGCCCUCCGGCCGCUCCACCUGAUCCCCGCUCGGCGGAGGCAGGAACUCGGACGCGAACCGGCCGGCGUCGCCUCGCAGCGCCCGCUCGCUUCCUCGCUCGGGCGGCGGCGAGAUGCGGGGGGGGGGCCGUCGGCGCCGCCCGCUCCCCAGGCUCCGCCCGCUCCCGGCGGCGGCGGGAGCGGCUCCCCGGCCCGCCGGCGGCGCUCAGGGGGAGGACGGCGGCGGCGGCUCCUCCCGGCCCAGAUUAUGGCCGCUGCCGCAUCCGCCCCGCGGCGGCCCGGGGAGGGGCGGGGGGCCGCGGCGCUCCGGCGCUCGCCCGCCUGUCAAAGCCUGUUAGCCCGCCGGCCGCCGCUGCCACAUCUCGCGAGAGGAGCACCGGCUCCGCGGGCUGCGGAAUCGGUGAUCAGCCUGGCCGCACUCAUACUGAGGGAGGCCAAAGCACCGUUCUGAGUGAAAGAGGUGGAGCCCUUGCACUUCAGGCUUCAAGAAGAGGUUCCUUCUUAGAAGAAGGAAGAGGGAACUGGGUGGGAAGAAUAUACUAAUAGGAAGAAAAUGGGGCACAGAAAAGCCUGAAGGGAGAAGAGUACAUCAUCCUAGUGGAAAGACAGCAGGGGCAGGUGAUUCUGCAUGAGGGAGAACCUUACAGAAAUGAAAGAAAAAGACAAGGUGUUGCGUUCAUAGCAAAUAAAUUUUGUGAUGUGCAUCCAUCUAAUGUAACGUAAGAUAAUGCUAAAUACUGGCUUUGAAGAAAGCAAAGAAUUGAGGAUGCUACCACAGUCCCCAUGAAAGACAAGGAAAUAGGGACCCCAAGAAUAAGAAUAUGGAUGACGAAAAUGCAGGCCUCAGAACCAAAAGGUUCAAGGAGUUUAAGAAAUACCACUGUAUGGGAAACUGACAAGAGUAAGAGGAAAAUGGACCAAGUCUUCAUAAAGGUCCUGGGACUUCACAUGGCCUGCGAGAAGGGUGAGGGAAUCUGUAACAGUAAAGGAGAAUAAAAGAAUAACUGCCAAGUAAAAUGCCAUUGAUACUAAAAAAUACAGUUUGAAGA